GCUCACACAGCUACACGCAAUGUUUCCAGUUCGUCUUCAACGACACACUCAACACGUGUAGUCUAGGGUCCUGGCCGAUGCCGACCUUGACCCCCAUCAGCCACAUCUCCACAUUCACAACCACACAGUUAUGUAACCCAGCGACAAACUUCACCUACAUGCAGAACGGAAGUGCCAGUGUUUGUGUACGGUUAUCCACAGAGGUCAUGAACUACACAAGUGCCAGGAAAGCCUGCCAGGAAUAUGGUGGCAAUCUUUACACGAUGAAAACUCAGGAGAAAAUCAACAUCUUCAAGAAACUUGCCGACGCUGGUAACUACCAAAUCUGGCUGGGUUUGGAUGAUUUAGAAACUGAAGAUGUUUUCAAAUGGGUGGACGAUGGCUCUGUGCUCAACAGUAGCUGGAGAGACGUGCUGUUUCCUGUCAUUAAACCCGACAACGCCUUCACUGGGGAAGACUGCAUCAGCUACAAUUAUUUUUUUUCUAAAUCUUUGAAUGACGGCGAUUGUUCGCUUCUCAUGAAUUUUAUGUGUGAGAUGGUGAUGUUUACUGCUUAA